CAAACAAGAUUAUAGGUUUUGUCUUUGUCUCCAUUAUAGCAGGGGGAACACAUGAUGACAGCUGUGAAUGCUAUCAGCUAUCAGAUACUGUUGCACAUGUUUUCAACAAGGAAGUUUAGAUGCGUCUCAAAUUCAUGUGUAACAGUUCGAAGACAUGAUAAAGCCGUGGUCUUUUUGUUCACAUUAUUCUUUAUACGUUUUUAUAUAUUUAACACUAAAUUGAAAACUUUGUUGAUGCUUUGAAAAGAUCCCAAGUCUGACUAGCACCCCACCCUAUCAAUUAUUUUAAUUCUUUUCGAUAUUCGUCAUCACAGUAGAUAGAGGAAGUUACCAUGCUGUUAAAUAUUUAAAGCAUUUCUACCUGUCGACUUAACCUGCUAGUCCUGCACCUUUGGAAAACAUCAUUAUACACGAUAAAGAAUGAGGAGAUUCUGGCUUCACCGCAAACCGACAAAGGUCAUUCCUUUCUUUUCAACAUUGACUAUCCUUGUAUAUGUUUGUACAAUUGUGUUUUCAACUGAAGAUUACAGUCGCAUUAAUACCUUGGGAUCAAUAUUUGUGAGACCACGACUGACAAUUAAAGCUGACAUUAAUUGUUCUGCAAUAUAUGACAUGGAACCUGUGGAAUUGCAAAAAUCUUUAGUUGUACGUAAAAGCUACACAGGGCCAUCUGACAAAAAUGUUGUGACUGUCACUUCUGAUUGUGAUUUGUUUCUUGAAUCAGAGGGUUUUGAUUUGAUACAAGGCUCUGAGUUCGAGCGUGAGUUUCCUCUUGCUUACUCUUUGGUUGUUCACAAGAAUGCAGAUUAUGUGGAGAGGUUACUAAAAGCCAUUUAUAUGCCACAUAAUGUUUAUUGCAUACAUUAUGACCAGAAGUCUUCAGAUGACUUUAAAUCAGCGAUGCAAGGACUGGCCCGCUGCCUCCCUAAUGUCUUUAUCGCCUCAAAACUGGAGAGGGUGCAGUAUGCAGGCAUCUCACGCCUCAAAGCGGAUCUCAAUUGUCUGUCGGAUCUCCUGGAGUCUGAGGUCAAGUGGAAGUAUGUCAUCAACCUGUGUGGUCAGGACUUUCCACUGCGGACGAACGCUGAGCUGGUGUCAGAUCUAAAGAUGCUUAAAGGCAAGAACAUGGCGGAGAGCAAGAAACCUGGAGGAAAGAAAAGACGGUGGACUUUUCACCAUGCUCUGAGAAAUAACCAGUCGGAAUUACACGAGUAUCCUGUCAGCACUUCUGAAGAUAAAUCUCCACCACCUCAUAACAUCGAAAUGUUUGUGGGCAGUGCGUACUUUACAGUCUCUCAAGAAUUUGCAGCUUUUGUUCAGUGGAGUUCUCUCGCCAGAGAUUUCUUGGCUUGGUCUGAGGACACAUACUCACCCGAUGAACAUUUUUGGGCAACUCUGGUUCGUGUGCCGGGAGUACCAGGAGAGGUUCCGAGAUCUGACCCCGAAAUCUCGGAGCUGCAAAGUAAAACUCAUCUUGUGAAGUGGUCGUAUUUAGAAAAGAAUCUAUACCCACCAUGCACUGGUGAGCAUGUACGGGCUGUGUGUAUUUUUGGUGCUGCUGAGCUCAGGUGGCUUCUAAACUUUGGUCACUGGUUUGUUAAUAAAGUUGACCCGAAUGUAGAUCCUAUUCUUAUUGAAUGUUUAGAGGAGAAGCUUUUAGAAAAGCGGCAGACAUUCACAGUGAAAUCUUCUUACUAGUGACUGCAAAAUGAGAUGAAAAAGCAUUGGCCCUAAACCAGGGGUCUUCAACCGGGGGUCCGCGGUGGAACUGCAGGGGGUCCGCUAAUUAAGGUUUACCCACAGGCAGUGUUGGGUAAGUUACUCUUAAAAAGUAAUUAAUUACUAGUUACUCAUUACAUAUUCAAUAGUGUUAUUAGAUUACUGUCCAAAUUACUCUGUCCAAAAAGUAUUUAGUUACUCAUUACUAAUUACUUUCUAUAUCCUACAUCGACCUUGAUUAGUUAAGUAAUUCAAGGAUAGACAUGAAACGGCUUUUUUAAUUCAUUCAAAUAAAUAAUAUUAUUAACUGACCAAAGUAUUACAAAUGUGAGCACAUAUACUUUAAAGUAAGACUUUAAAUUUUGAUGUCAAUUACACUAUUGCACACGCAUAUAUUUCAUAAAGUAUUUAGUUUAAUUACAUCAAAAGUAAUUGUAAUUAAAUUACAGAAAACAUAUGAGUAAUCCCUUACUAUACUUUUUCAAGGGAAAAGUAAUUAAAAUACAGUAACUAAUUACAUAGUAACUAGUUACACCCAACACUGCUCACAAGCAACUUUUUGUUAAAUGUAAAGCUUGGGUACAGAAAUAAUAAUGUUCUCUUUAAGUAAGUAGGGUUAGAAUCUGUGCAUUAGCUGUCUCCCUUCUGAUAAAAGUAUGCAUGAAUGGAGUUGCGUGCAAAUAAAGUGCAUUCUCAUAUGGUUCUGUAUGUUUCAUAUAACUUCUGUUCAAAAUUGUUAAAUCUUUAAAGAUCUAGUUUGACAGCCAAAUGACACGUCACUGCUUCUGCAUUGUAAGCUCUGGCAGAACUAUUGCAUGUGAUUAAAAUCAAUGAAACGCACACCGUGUAGUACCGAUGGUGCAUGUCAAACAAGUUUCCCUGAAAAUAACGCAGACUCGUUGUAUCAUGUUGCUUGUCUUAGUCUGAUUUGAUGCUACUCUGCAAAAAAAAUUGAGCUCAGAAUCAUAAAAAAGCUGUGUGUUCUACAACACACAGAGAAGUGGAAGAAAAAAUAAUAAUGAUACUUAAUAAAACGGCAUGAUUUUACAACAGAAUGCAUAAAAUCUGCACUUAUUGCUUUCGCAUCCAGAGAACAACCCCAAUGCCUCCACUAAAAUAGUCUGUGUGCCACUAACCAUGGUCAGUCAUAUCACUGAAGCCAUUUUUAAUUUAUUGUCCCUCUCAAGGUAAAUGAAAAUAUUUGAUGCUGCAAAUCCCUUAAAAAUACUCAAGCAAUCUAUAUUAAAAAUACAAAUAAUACACAGAAAUGUAUUUAGCCUAUGUGCAACAAUAACAUGAUAGUGCUAAUGUAAUGUCUUGACAUAAUAUUGCUGUGACAACAGUGUUUUAUAGCUCCGUUUACACAUUUAUUAUAAGGGGGUCCCUGCAUCUCUCAUCUAAGGGUUCCUUGCCCAAAAAACGUUGAAGACCCCUGGCCUAAACUAUGAAACAUAAUAUUCAUUGGGCUUCAUAACAUCUCCUCCCUACAUACAUUCAGUUCUCAACUUACCUUUUAACUUAUACAUUUCAGUUCUGUAUCUUGACCUACCUGUUAUUCAAAAUUGUUGAAGUAAUUCUGUGUUCAUGCAUCUAAAAAAAUGUUUUUUCUCCAUUCUGUAAUGUUUUCUUAAUGUCUUUUUAAGGCCUUGCUGGGAAAGACACCUUGUAAAUAUUCUAACCUUGAUUUCCCUUAAGAAGACUACUUUAUGGUUUCUAAAUCUUAAAUAAAAUUUUGUGUGAUUUAAA